GGUGAGCUCAGACAGGCGCGGACGGGCGUCGCGUUAGCACGUCAACACGUUGUCAACAAAUCGGCCGAUUAAUUGCCGAAAUGUGAUACCUGUGUGUGUGUGUGAGUGUAUAAGAAAACGUACAUAACACAAGAAGGGGAUAUGAAAUGGGCAUUCGAGCACUAUGGUGCUUAUUACUAACUCUUCUAAUCAAUACGUCAGGAGGCGACUGGCUAAACUGCGCUCACAUCAUAGAAUGCCACUGCAAAUGGUCAUCAGGCAAAAAAACUGCAUCAUGUGUAACAGCCGCACUUACAGAAGUACCGCAUUUAGCCUCAGACAUACAAGUUCUCGAUCUUCACGGCAAUCCUUUAAGAGAAUUACACGAAGACGCUUUCGCCACUAUAGAAUUAUUAAACUUGCAACGGUUAAACUUAAGUGCCACACAUUUGCAUUAUUUGCAUCCGAACGCUUUCAGAGAGCUCCGUAUUUUGAUAGAGUUAGACCUUUCCGGAAACGACCUUACACAACUCUCUCCUGACACGUUCAAAGGGAACGAACGUUUGAGGCUUCUGGUCCUAAACGACAAUCCUUUGAGCCAAUUAGUUGCCGAGCAAUUCCCACCUCUGCUACAUUUAAAGAAGUUAGAACUCGUACGCUGCCAUCUGAAGAAAGUGCACCCGUUUGCAUUCGUGAAUCUGCGGGCGCUUGAAACUAUAAAAGUCCAUCAAAAUCUUUUAUCUUACUUACACCAAGAUACGUUUAACUUGCCAGUUUUAAAGACGCUCACCUUGUCAGAUAAUCCCUGGUUCUGUGACUGUAGAUUAAGAAACUUUCACGAGUGGUUUUUAACUAGUAAUUUAGGUAAUGAAGAAGUAGUGUGUCGAGGACCAAGUGAUAAGAGACAGCUGUCUUGGAGGGAAUUCAAGAGUGAAGAUUUAGUGUGUCCACCUUCCGCUAUAACUAGUCCCUCGGUAAUACGAACUGAAAUAGGUGCAGAAAUUAGUUUCGGUUGUUUUGUUAGAGGUGAACCAAUACCCCAUAUCUCUUGGACAUUUAAUCAGAAACAAAUUAGGAAUAAUACAGAUAGUGAUAGCCAAAUAUUAAUAUACAAUCAUAGUGUAGGACAAUUUAAUGAAUAUAGAGACGAUUUUAUAAAUAAAAGUGCUCAAUGGAUAAAUAUUACUAUUAUCAAUAUCACGAGUGAAUAUUCUGGAGAGUGGAAGUGUUCUGCAACGAGUAGGGUAGGUGAAGCUAGUGGGUAUUUGACAAUUUUCUUACCUAAGGCAAGAAUGGCAACUGCCAGAAGCGCGCCAGACUAUUCUAACUUCUUAAUCGCUGCUGGGUCCAUGGUGGCUAUGGCGGGAGCCGGUUUUAUCGCCACUUGCGUGUGUUGGAAAACUCGGCGACGAAGAGUACCACCCAGUAGGAGUUUCACGGACCAAGAAAAGAAGCUUUUAGAUACAUCCUUAGCGGCUAGUUGCGAUAGAACCAGUACAGAGAUGGGUUCCUCAUAUGGAUUCGAAAUGUUUGACCGAUCGAUAUCGAUGGAGAGUGAUAACCAGCGUUGUAUGGAACCUGUACAGAUUACGAUCGAAGGUCCUUCUGGAGGCUUUCCGCCUCCUCCGGCAGAGUUUGCAUUGCCAGCGCCUUAUGGUAAUAUUUUUAUAUCAGUACACGUAACUGGUCAUAACGAGAAGUAUCCAGAUUUAUUGGGAGGUGGCUCCACACUACCAAGGCGGAGUAGAACAUGUUUAUUACGACCCACGUAUGAUAACAUGGGGCCAAGAGUAACAGCAACCGGCAGUUCCACGUGGUCACUUCCAGGAGCAAAACCAGACGAAAACGACGAUGCCAAAUUUUCAGUACCUCUACCCACUUUUUCUACGGAGUUUACAGCUUUAUAAUUUAUUAUUGUAUUACAAAUCAUGACAAAUCCCGUAAUUAUUUUUACCCUCGUGAAUAUUGUAUUAUUCGUGAAAUAGGACCUUAACAGAUAAAUGUACGGACGGAGGGACAUCAAAUUUAUCCUGUAAGGAUCCCGCUUAAAUAUUAACGGAGCCUUUCAUUGAAAGAAGGUUUCAAAUUAUUGACGAAUUGUUUUCAUUUGUUUUGAUGCCAAUCUGAUUUUGAUUAAUCUCUCAGAUAAAAAUAUCCUUGUUGGUAAUUUUUUAACAUUAGUUACUAUUUAUUGUGUUGUUUGUUAAUAACGAAAUUAAUUAACAUUUUCCUAUUCUUGUUGAACAUUUGUUAGUAUUUAAUAUUUAUAUUUUAUUUGAAAACAUGACGUUGAACCAUUGUGUAUUUGAUGAACAAAAUUUAUAAACAAUGUACUACAGUUUUUCCAUUUUUAAAAUACGUAUAGAGAAAUACGCCACUAUUACAAAAACAUUUGUACAAUAAAGUUUUUCCCCGACUUAGUACACAGAUAAAACAAAUACACAUUUUACAAAUGGAAUUGAAAAAUCCCAACUUAAAAAAUAGUUGUAUAUAGAUGAGAUUAAAUAGGAUAGAAUAAAAAAAAUGCUUUACAGUUUUGAAAUAAAUAUGAAGUACAGAA